AAGAAGGAACUUGUUCCAUAUGAGAGGGUGUACCCCCCCUUGGAGUAAAUUACCCUACACAUAAAACAGUAGGGGGUUAAUUUCCUUCCAUAUAGGCCUACCUUAUUUGUAAAUGUAACUCUCAUUUUGUAUGUAACAUUCUCAGAAAUAAAUUGAUUUGAUUUGAGUAAUUUUUAGGAGAAUGUAUUGUCAAAUGUACUCUUUCUGCAAAUAUAAUUUGAAUAGUGGUAUUUUUCAAUUUAAGCAGAUUAUUAGGCUAUGGCAAUUUUGGUGAAUGAAUACUAUAUCAUAUGGUUUUCCUAUAUCAUGUGCUCAUGUCAUAAAUAAACGAAUGGAGGUAGUGCACUGCAUUUGACACUUGCUACAAAAACACCAAUAUAACAUUCUUACACCAAUAGCAUAUCAAAAUAUCAAGUACAUUAACUUAUCAGUUUAUUGAAGAUUUUUCAGAGAUUAAAGGAAGACUUGACAAAUUAUUCAGUAAUAAAUGAAAACCCAGUGAGUAACUGAAGGUUUGAGUUAUGAAACUGUUUAAAAGGUCGUUCUGUGUUUCUAAAUCACUUGCAACAAUAGCGCAAUGUAUAAAAUCAGAUGCCAAAAAGACAUCAGCAUCUUGCACAUUGGAUGCGAACAUUCCGAAGCCAGAAGUGAUAAUUGUCGGCGCGGGCAUGGCUGGCCUGUCUGCAGCCGCUUCACUCGUUGAAGCUGGCAUAAGGAACGUCACCGUCCUAGAAGCUACUGAAAGACUUGGUGGGAGAAUACAUUCAUGCUGGCUUGGAUCAAGUGUAGCAGAGAUCGGCGCACAGUGGAUAUGCGGCAGCUCAAUCAAGAAUCCAGUGUUCACUCUGGCUUGUCAAGAGGGCGUUUUGGAUCCUAACUGUAUGAUUAAACAUGAUUUCACAAAAGGCAGUUUCCUGAUGAGUAAUGGUCAACAUGUUGAUGAGCGAGUGGCUUAUCAAGCGUCUCUCACAUUCAAUGACAUCAAACAGCAAGCUGCUUCCCUAUUCACACUGGGCGAGUCUGCUAUUAGUCAAGAGAAUCUCAUGGAUUUUUUUGCAAUGCGCAUUAAACAGGAGUUGAGGAAUUUUCCAAGUCAUCAAUCUGAAGCUGCAGCAUCUAUCUUGUACAGUCUGACCAAUCAUGUCGCAAACAGAUGGGGCGCUGAUCUGUGCUGCAUGAGCUCGAAAAUGUUCGGCUAUUACAACAAAAUAGAAGGAGAAACUAUUGCUAUACCAACUGGAUUCAUUAGUGUAAUAGUGCCACUUGUUAAAACUAUUCCAGUUGAAAGCAUAAAAUAUUCAAAAGUGGUUGAGACUAUACAAUAUGGAGAUGCAGCGAAAGACAGUAGAGUUGUGGUCAAGUGCUGCGAUGGCAGUGUAUUUUGUGCUGACUAUGUGAUUUGCACUUUACCAUUGGGUGUUUUGAAAGCGCAAUCAGAAGGUAUGUUUCAGCCAGAACUUCCUUGUGAGAAAAUUGAAGCUAUCAAUAAAUUAGGAUUCGGACAUGUGUGUAAAAUAUUUUUUGAGUAUUCACCUCCGUUUUGGUUAGCAGGACAAGGUCCGAUGAAGUUAGCAUGGUCAUUAAAUGAGUUGAGUGAUAAAGACAAUUGGUUGAGCGGAGUGUGCUGCUUGGAGGAGCUAGCUGGAUCGAAUAAUAUUCUAAUGGCGACUGUUGCAGGACCACAUGCUGAAAAUGUAGAAACCCUGAAUGAGCAAACAGUAGCUGAGGAUCUCACUUUUAAACUCAGAUGUAUUGCAAAAGACAAUACGAUUCCUUAUCCAAGCAGUGUAUUGGUGUCAAAAUGGUCCAAAAGCCCGUUCUUCAUGGGUUCUAAUACGUAUAUGGCUGUUGAAUCGACCGUUGGUCAUCAAUUGGAUUUGCAGAAACCAAUUAGUGCACCUCUUGAACCAUGUGGCGAAGAGUAUCCAGUCAUAUAUUUUGCCGGGGAAACCACUGGCAAAAACUUCUUUUCAACUGUCCAUGGAGCCAGAAUAUCAGGUUUGGACGUGGCUAACGAUAUUAUACAGCUAACAAGGCAGCUGAGAGGUCCUCCACAGAUCAAAGAUCAAAAGUCUAAAAUCUCCAAUUGUAGAAAAGAAUGUUGAUCAUAUUGACAGAAUUUCAUAUAACCGAAAUACAAAUCAUUUGUCAUUGUUAUCAGCUCUCGUAUAAUUAUCUUGUCUCAGAAUAAAUGACAUUAAAUAAAACAUUA